CCCUCUCCUCCCGCCAGCGGUAAAUCGGUUCUCCGAAUAACACGUCUAGCCGGGAGUCACAGAGGCCGAGAGCCCGGCAGCGCCGGCUUGGGGUGUAGCCUGAUUCUAGGGGUCUGGGAGGUGCGGCCGUUCUCGUCACUGCAGCUAGGGACGGGCUCACGGCCGCGCGCCCGCCGCCGCCGCCGCCGCCGCGCAGCCGCCUCCAUGCUGCAGCGCGGAGCGCAGCUCCUCCGGUCCAGGCGGCCGGUGUUGUCCGCUCUCACAGCGCUGGGGAUCGGCUCUUUCAAGCCUGCCCGGGCGGCGACUGAGAUCUCCGACCGCAGCUUUCAGCCUCGCGCCUGAGCUGUGGACUCGCCCCAGCGCCUCCGCCAGCGGGAGGGGCGCCCACCGCGCUGUGUGCAGCGGCGCAGGGAGGCGGUGAGCGUGUGCAGGGCGGCCGGAACCCUGUGUCUCUGUGCGUGUGUGUGUGUGUGUGUGUGUGUGAGUGUGUGUAUGCACUCGUGUGUGUGCGUGCACGCGUGUGUGCGUGUGUGCUUUUCUUCGUUCCUUGAAGAUGUGAAUGGCUUCUCAGCUAGCUGGUCCUUGGGAUUCUUGACUUUGGGAGCUGUGAGCCCAAUCUACCCAUGUAAUUCAUGUUGCAUGGUCGGUUAUACCAGGAAAAAGGGCGCAACUGGACGGGGGUGGGGCAGAUCCACGAAACAUUCUGAAAACGAGAAAUAAAAAGGGGGAAGAUAUAGAAAUAUGAAUAUUGAAAGAUCUAAGAAGACUUUCGGGAUCCCCCAGCUCCCUUCCUUUUUCCGGCACAAACCUGGACGUUUUCCACCUUUUCAAGUCAUCUUGGUGCUUCUCUGAUGUUCUCUAAGCCGCUUUCCAGCUAGCUGCGUGUGUGUUUGUGUGUGUUUGUGCGCUUGUGUAUGUGUGCGCUCCUAUCGGAUGCAUUUGACAGUCUUUUUUUUCCAACUGCCCAGAAGCAAAUGUGUUAACUCAGAGAUGCCCCUCCAUGCCCAGGUUCUCGCAGAGCGCGGAGGACGUCCAGAUCCGUUUUCCUGGCUGGAUUCCGGGCGACUGCUGGGCUCUGGAGCCAGGUGUGUGGAUUACUUAAUCCAGAGGCUUGGAAAGUAGCUGUUUUAGCCAGCUUCCAGGUACAUCGCAAGGUCAAGAGAGGGUCUUGCAGCUGUUUUAUUUCCCUGCACCUUGGCUUUCCUGUAUUGGUCAGAAGAAUAUGAACGUGCCUGUCCACAACAUUUGAAGCCCAAACUUCAGCACUUCCACCUGGUUUACUGUAUAAACAAGGUAAUGAGGAUUGCUUUUCAAACUGCGUAAGGAACCCCCGACGCUUCCAUUGCCCUUCCAGGAUUCCCUUACUCCCCAGCGAAAUGUCACCAGCUUCUGAAUUCCAAGGAUUUGGGCUGCAGGAGAACUUGAAGGAAACGUGAUCAAGGGCUAUGUGAGAAAGAGACUGCUCUCUUUGCUGGUGGGCUGGUGGGCUUUGCGAGUGGAUCUUAAGAAGGACCGGUACUGUUUCUCCUUCCGGAUGCGGUGCUGGGAGUGCUUGUGCAAGUGUGAGUGCGCGCGCGCCCGGCUGAGAAUGUGUGAGUGUGUGUGAGCGUGUCUCUGUGUGUGCGCGGCCGCCCUGCUUCUGCCCGCUCCCCGGGCGCGGAGCCACCGGUUUCAUGGGGCCAUUUGCGCUGAUUCCCCACCCAGUGCGACCUGCGGGCAGUGGCGGCAGUGGCAGAAGCCACCUUUCUGACUCCCUAGGAUGCGGGUGCUGAACUAUGGCAAAGGGCAGCGAAGUGAUGAGCCAGACCCCAGCACGACCGUGAAAACCACCUGGAGCCACCUUGCCUGGAUCUUACCUGCGGGCAGAAAGUCCUCCUAUGACCGUCUUUCCCCCUAGAGGCACCAGGCUCUUAAACCUAAUCUACAAUGGAAAAAUUCCUUUUUUACCUGUUUCUCAUUGGCAUAGCUGUCCGAGCUCAGAUCUGUCCAAAGCGUUGUGUCUGUCAGAUUUUGUCUCCUAAUCUUGCAACCCUUUGUGCCAAGAAAGGGCUUCUAUUUGUUCCUCCAAACAUUGACAGAAGAACUGUGGAACUAAGGCUGGCAGACAAUUUUGUUACAAAUAUCAAAAGGAAAGAUUUUGCCAAUAUGACCAGCUUGGUGGACCUGACUCUAUCCAGGAAUACAAUAAGUUUUAUUACACCCCAUGCUUUUGCCGAUCUACGAAAUUUGAGAGCAUUGCAUUUGAAUAGCAACAGAUUGACUAAAAUUACAAACGAUAUGUUCAGUGGGCUCUCCAAUCUCCAUCAUUUGAUCUUGAACAACAAUCAGCUGACUUUAAUUUCUUCCACAGCGUUUGAUGAUGUUUUUGCUCUCGAAGAGCUGGACCUGUCCUAUAAUAAUCUAGAAACGAUCCCCUGGGAUGCUGUAGAGAAGAUGGUGAGCUUGCAUACUCUUAGUUUGGAUCACAACAUGAUUGACAACAUUCCUAAGGGAACUUUCUCCCACUUGCACAAGAUGACUCGGCUAGAUGUAACAUCAAAUAAAUUGCAAAAGCUGCCCCCUGACCCUCUCUUUCAGCGAGCACAGGUGCUGGCCACCUCAGGAAUCAUAAGCCCAUCGACUUUUGCAUUGAGUUUUGGUGGAAACCCCUUGCAUUGCAAUUGUGAGUUGUUGUGGCUGAGGCGAUUGUCCAGAGAAGAUGACCUUGAGACCUGUGCUUCUCCUGCACUGUUAACUGGCCGCUAUUUCUGGUCAAUCCCCGAGGAAGAGUUUUUGUGUGAGCCUCCGCUCAUAACUCGGCAUACACAUGAGAUGAGAGUCUUGGAGGGUCAAAGGGCAACGCUGAGGUGCAAAGCUCGAGGGGACCCUGAACCUGCAAUUCACUGGAUUUCUCCUGAAGGGAAGCUGAUUUCAAACGCAACAAGAUCUCUGGUGUAUGAUAACGGAACACUUGACAUCCUUAUAACAACUGUAAAAGAUACAGGUGCUUUUACCUGUAUUGCUUCCAAUCCUGCAGGGGAAGCAACACAAACCGUGGAUCUUCACAUAAUUAAACUCCCUCACCUACUGAACAGUACCAAUCAUAUCCAUGAACCUGAUCCUGGCUCUUCAGAUAUCUCCACCUCAACUAAGUCAGGUUCAAAUGCUAGCAGUAGCAAUGGUGAUACUAAAAUGAGUCAAGACAAAAUUGUGGUGGCAGAAGCAACUUCGUCAACAGCGCUACUUAAAUUUAAUUUUCAAAGAAAUAUUCCAGGAAUCCGUAUGUUUCAGAUCCAAUACAAUGGUACUUAUGAUGACACCCUUGUUUACAGAAUGAUACCUCCUACAAGCAAAACGUUUCUUGUCAAUAAUCUGGCUUCUGGGACUAUGUACGACUUGUGUGUGUUGGCCAUAUACGAUGAUGGCAUCACCUCCCUCACUGCCACAAGAGUCGUGGGUUGCAUCCAGUUUACUACAGAACAGGAUUAUGUCCGUUGCCACUUUAUGCAGUCCCAGUUUUUGGGCGGCACCAUGAUUAUUAUCAUCGGUGGAAUCAUUGUUGCAUCUGUGUUGGUUUUCAUCAUCAUACUAAUGAUCCGGUAUAAGGUUUGUAACAAUAACGGGCAACACAAAGUCACCAAGGUUAGCAACGUUUAUUCUCAAACUAAUGGGGCUCAGACGCAAGGCUGCACUGUCACGCUGCCCCAGUCCAUGUCCAAACAAGCCAUGGGCCAUGAAGAGAAUGCCCAGUGCUGUAAAGUAGCCAGUGACAAUGUGAUUCAGUCUUCAGAAACAUGUUCGAGUCAGGACUCUUCCACCACUACCUCUGCUUUGCCUCCUACCUGGACUUCAAGUGCAUCUGCGUCUCAAAAGCAGAAACGAAAGACUAGCACGAAGCCAAGUGCUGAGCCGCAGAGUGAAGCUGUCACAAAUGUUGAGUCCCAAAACACUAACAGGAACAACUCAACUGCCUUGCAGUUAGCUAGCUGCCCUCCUGCUUCUGUCACAGAGGGGCCCACAUCUCAAAGAGCACAAACCAAGCCAAAUGCUUCGCUGACUAAUGUUGACCAGAAUGUCCAGGAAACACAGAGGCUGGAGUCAAUAUGAAGAGCACCACUUCUCUCUCCCUCGAAAACAGUUGCCCCUGAUAUUUUUACUGGAUAAAAUUUGAAAAUGUUUCAGUUCACAACAGCAGAUUAGUGAACUGCUAUCCCCGGAAGAUCUGCUCAUGGGAGCCAAAGUGACGACAUCUCUGGUGCGGUCGAACUGGCUCCCUCACACCAUGAUUCAUCCCCUUUUCAAACCAAAUUUUUUUCUUCUGAUCUACAAAUAUUUUUUUUAAGAAAGGAAAGAGAACAAAGCCUUCAUUGGCAUCAAGUUCUGUAUCAAUCCAUCCUACAUUGCCAUUCAUGAUUUAACAGACUGUAGAAUCUUGAAUACUCUAUAUCACUUUAACAAAUAAAUGUUUUACUAUGA